AUGCAAAACUCAUCGCUCGUACUCAGCGCACGGCUAGUCGAGGAUGAUCGGGUGCUGGAACAAUUAGUCCAUAGUUUUUGGAAGCUUGAGGAGGUCCACGCGUAUGCAUCAGGCGAUGAUGAUGAAUGUGGUCGAAUAUUUGCAUCCAGACACUGCCGUACUGAUGGACGUUACAUGGUGCAGCUGCCGUUCAGCCGCGAUGCACCGAGACUUGGCGAAUCAUAUGCGCACGCUCUUCGCUUAUUUCAACGCCCAGAAAGACGUCUAGUUUGUGAUUCUGAGCUUAAAGAUAAUUACAUUAAUUUCAUACGUGUGUACAUCAGUCUUAGCCAUAUGGAACCCGUAAAUAACGUAGGUAAUCACGCAAGCGGCUACUACAUUCCCCACCACGCUGUAACCAGCAAAUUUAGAGUGGUGUUCAAUGCAUCGCCACCAACUAGUACUGGAGUGUCACUAAAUGAGGUUUAA